UCAGGCUGAGGUAUGGGUGUGUUUCCUGGUGUGUGUGUCAUCCUGGGCUGGUUGGGGCCAGUCAUGACUGGCUACCAGCUGACUGAGGGAACUGGUCUGUAUCUUUCAGGGGACUACUCCAUUGCUGGUCUCUUCCCCCUUCACAAUUUAGCCCCCUCCAGCUCCAACAUGCCAUACAUGGACGCUUGCAAAAAAGGCAAAGCAAAUAGCCAUGGUUAUCAUUUAAUACAAGCCAUGAGAUUUGCUGUGGAGGAGAUCAACAACGGCACCAAAAACCCAACUCUUCUCCCAGGGGUGACGCUGGGUUACAUGUCUUAUGACAUCUGCAAUAUACCAGCCAGUCUCCUGGCCACUGUGGACCUGCUGGCCCAACAGCUCCAGGGACCUUCAGGGGAAAAGACAGGUGGUGACCAGUGGCCAGUGGCAGUGAUUGGGCCUGAUAGUAGUAGUUUCACCUUCCCUCCUGCUUCACUGCUGGGCUCCUAUCUAGUACCAGAGAUCUCAUAUGAAGCCUCCAACCAGCUGCUAAGCAACAAGUACCUCUACCCAUCCUUCUUCCGCACAAUCCCCAGUGACAAAAACCAGGUGGACGCAAUGAUCAGGCUGCUGCUUCGUUUCAAUUGGACAUGGAUCGUUCUCCUGGGCAGUGACAACUCCUACGGCCUCCAAGGCAUGCAGACCCUCUACCAACAGGCGUCUCAAUAUGGCAUCUGCAUCGCCUACCAAGGUGUCAUCCCCGAUCUCACCGCAGGCAUCAACAAAACCAUGAACAACAUAGUCAAGAACAUCGUGAAGGUCAACGUCAACACUAUCGUCGUGUUCUCUAGCAAGACCAUAGUCAGUCGGUUCUUCCCGAUCGUCAUUGAGCAGGGUCUGUCAGGUAAGGUGUGGAUUGGGACAGAGGACUGGUCAGUGGCCACUCUAGUGUCCAACAUACCAAGAAUCAACACCAUUGGCACAGUGGUAGGUAUCGCCAUCCAAAACGCCACCAUACCUGGAUUUCAAGAGUUUGAAAGCCGUGCUCUUUCAACGCUACAUAGCCUCAGCUCCAAGGGUACGAGCGUCCUCGGAGAAAAAUGUCUGCAAAGUACAGACCUCUAUAGCAUGGCAGUGCAGAACUAUUCUUUGGAGGAGUACGACAUCACAUCUGCUUUUAAUGCUUACAAGGCAGUGUACGCUGUGGCUCAUGCACUACACUCAGCUCUCGGUUGUGAUUCGGGUAAAUGCCAGAAGAUUGAAGUGCAACCUUGGCAGCUUCUGCCACUGUUAAAGCAGGUGAGAUUCUCUGUUGGGAAUUCACCUGUGUAUUUUGAUCAGAAUGGAGACCCGCCCACAGGAUAUGACAUUGUCACUUGGAUUUGGAGGGAAACUGAAUGGUCUUUGCGCAUAGUAGGCUCCUACACUCCAGACAUGACCAACCUCACAUUGGACUCUGAUCAGAUUGAAUGGAAUAGUGACGGUUACAACUUGGAAAAUGAGGUGCCUCUGUCAAUAUGUUCUCCAGAAUGCCCUACAGGAUACAGGCAACUGCAGACUGGACAACACAAGUGCUGCUUUGACUGCCUGGCCUGUCCUGCUCAAACCUUUGUCAACAACACUGGAACCAGCCAGUGCCAGGCAUGUGAGCCCUACCAGUGGUCCCCAGCACAGAGUACCACAUGUCUUAAUCGAACCAUCCUGCUCCUGGCCUGGGGUGCCCCUCUAUCGAUUGCCCUGCUACUCCUCCUGGUUCUGACCCUGCUCAUGACCUUUGGGUCAGGGGUCGUUUUCCUCCUCAACAUGGGUACCCCUGUGGCCAAGUCGGCCGGCGGGCACACCUGCCUGGUAAUGCUUCUGGCCCUAACCAUGGCGACAGCCAGUGCCCUGUGCCAGUUUGGCCUCCCCUCUCAGCCCGCGUGUCUGCUCAAGCAGCCUCUUUUCAGCUUCAGCUUCACCGUGUGUCUGGCCUGCAUCACAGUCCGUUCCUUCCAGGUGGUCUGCAUCUUCAAGCUGUCCUCCAAGCUGCCGCGGGCCUAUGAUACCUGGGCCAAGAACUACGGGCCUGAAGUCACCGUCCUAGUCCUGUCCGCAACUAUUUUAUUUAUCUCUGUGGUGCGUGUGUCUCGAAACCCCCCGCAGCCUUCCCAGGACUUGGCCUUCUACGCAGACAGCAUAGUCACAGAGUGCAGCAACACCCUCUCCGUCGGGGCCAUGAUUGAGCUCGUCUAUCUGUCUCUGCUCAGCGUUCUCUGUUUCGCCUUCAGUUACAUGGGCAAAGACCUGCCCGCCAACUACAACGAGACAAAGUUCAUCACCUUCAGUCUUAUGAUCUACAUGAUCUCUUGGAUCAGCUUCUUCACCGUCUACUGCAUCAGCAGGGACGAGUUUGCAAUGGCCAUGCGUGUGCUGGCCAUAGUUUCCAGUGUGCUUGGGAUCCUCUGUGGCUACUUUAUGCCCAAGGUCUACAUUAUGGUUCUGAGGCCCCAAAUGAACACACAGGCCCAUUUCCAAAACUGUAUUCAGAUGUAUACCAUGAAAAAAAAUUGAAAGUCAUGUUUUUAUUAUACAGUAGAUGUGC